AUUGCGACCCAAUGAGAAUCCCAACCCUCCCUCGUAGUUGCCUCUUUAUCGCUUCGGCAACCAUCGCCGAAGCCCCUCACUCCCUUCCUUGUUCGCCAUGACCUCCCUCUCCGUCUCCGCUCCCCUCAAACCCUCCUUCCUCCCCUCUCGAUCCAUUCCGCCAAAAACCCUCAAACCUCGCACCCUUCUCUAUAAAUCGUCUCCUCCCACCGUCCGCGCCCUCAUCUCUUCCUCCUCCCCUCCCACGAGAUCCUCCUCCCAUGGCGGAACCUUUGGUUUAGGGUUAGGUGAAGAAACCCAGGGAUAUUCUUCUUCUCAUGGGUCUUCUCUGUAUGUGAGCUCGCCCUACUUCACGGCUCCUCAGACCCCGGCGACGGCCAUGAAGGGGGCGGAGGCCGACGUGAUGGGCCUGCUGCUGAGGGAGCGGAUCGUGUUCCUUGGGAGCAGCAUCGAUGACUUCGUGGCGGACGCCAUCAUAAGCCAGUUGCUUCUCCUCGACGCCCAGGAUUCCACCAAGGACAUCAGGCUCUUCAUCAAUUCCCCUGGAGGCUCCCUCAGUGCUACAAUGGCUAUAUAUGAUGUGGUUCAGCUUGUGAGAGCAGAUGUUUCGACUGUUGCACUUGGCAUUGCAGCAUCUACAACAUCUAUCAUCCUUGGUGGUGGUACCAAGGGUAAGCGACUUGCCAUGCCCAACACGCGGAUAAUGAUCCAUCAGCCUCUUGGAGGUGCUAGUGGUCAAGCUAUAGAUGUUGAGAUUCAGGCUAGAGAGAUCAUGCAUAACAAGAACAAUAUCACUAGAAUUAUCUCUGGCUUUACUGGUCGUACAUUUGAACAGGUCCAGAAAGAUAUUGAUAGAGACCGUUACAUGUCCCCUAUUGAGGCUGUUGAAUAUGGGAUUAUUGAUGGUGUUAUUGAUAGGGAUUCCAUCAUCCCGCUUGUACCUGUGCCUGAGAGAGUGAAGCCUAAACUGAAUUACGAGGAGAUCAGUAAAGAUCCUAGGAAAUUUUUGACACCGGAGAUUCCUGAUGAUGAGAUAUACUGAUGUUCAUUUAGGAAGAGCUACCUUGUAUGUUUAUGUGUGCUUGUUGCAUUGGUUUUGCACCAAUGGAUAACAGCCAACAGGAGUAGGAUGGUGUGGUUUUAAACUUCAUUUGGCGACGGAGUACUUUAUAAGCUUCAAACUAUUUUACUUUGUCAAUCGAAAAUUUUAGUUGGCAAGAGAUGCAACUCAACAAUUUAAU